AUGGCUCCUAAUGGUGAAACAAAUCAUAAUAUAUUAACAACAACACAUUAUGAUUCAUCAUUGUUCAUCAAUAAUAAUCGUUUAUAUUUAUUUAUAAAUGGACAUUGGUAUGAUCUUACACAAUGGCAAAAUAUACAUCCAGGUGGUCGAGAAAUUCUACAGAAUUUAAAUGGAAAAGAUGCAACAGAUGCAUUUUAUGCUCUACAUAGUGAAGAUGCUAUUAAACGAUUAUCUUAUUUAAAACCAUGUUCUUCUAUUCAUGUUCAAUAUGUACUUCCAUAUAUAGAACCAACCAAUCUUACACUUUCAUUUCGACAAUUACGACAAAAUUUAAUUAAAGAAGAUUAUUUUAAUCGAUCAAUAUUUUGGGAAUUAUUUUAUCAGAUAUCAGUUUAUUUAAUGUGUUUAUUUGGUACAUUUUGUCAUUUUUAUUGGGGUUAUGAUCUUUUAGCUAUAAUUGUUAUUGGAUUUGGUAUGCAACAAGCGGGUUGGAUUGGACAUGAUUAUGCACAUGGAAGAGGUACAUGGAUGCGAUGGUUAUGUAGAACAUUAUCAGGUUUUAUUAAUGCAUUUAGUCCAACAUGGUGGUCACAUAAACAUAAUACUCAUCAUAUUUAUACAAAUAAUCUUGGCAUUGAUACAGAUGUUGCAAAUGAUCCUAUAUUUCAUUUAUUUUUUCCUUCAAAAGAAAAAGAUUUUUGGUUUCGAACUUAUCAACAUUUAUAUUUUGUACCUGUUUAUUCAUUAUUAUAUUUAAGUUGGCGAUGGCAAUCAAUUCAACAUUCAUUUCGUACAUUAAAUUAUAGUGAACUUUUUUUUAUGUUACCAAGUUAUAUAUGGCUUUAUAUGCUUGGUUGGCAAGUAGCUCUUGGUUCUAUACUUCUUGGUGGUUUUCUUGUUGCUAUGAUUGUUACAGCAACACAUCAAAGUGAAGAAAUGAUUCAUAAUUCAUGUCAUUCAUUUGUUGAAACACAAUUUUUAACAACAUGUGAUGCUCGAUGCGAUAAUUUUUUUAUGGAAUGGUUAUGGGGUGGAAUGCAAUAUCAACUUGAACAUCAUUUAUUUCCAACAAUGCCUAAAUAUAAUUAUGCACGUGUAAGACCAAUUGUUAAACAAUGGGCAAAAGAUAAUGGUAUUAAAUAUAAAUUGAAAAGUGUUUGGUCAAUAUGGUAUAGAAAUUAUCAAACUUUAAAACAUUUUGCAAGUUAA